AUGAAGCGACGCGGUGACGAUACCGUUGUUGAGCACCGCUCAGAUUCCUUCUCCCAGCUAGAGACUCAGGGUCUGACCAAAUGUAUCAAGACCUCAAUCACACGCAAAGCUCCUCCUAGCUUUCUAGAAACAGAUGGAACUCCACUUGACCAGUGGGUUCGGUCGUCUCUUCAGCAAGUGAUGGAAAGCAGCACAGGUGCCUCGCAUAUGGAGAUCGACCAUGUUGACAGUCUCAAUUUCCUUGUGUUCUUAGGCGCUCAGGGCAAAGAAUACAUUGACGUGAUUCGAGACAUGUUUCCCAAGCACUUUGACCCUUUAGUGUUCGUUUCGCUGCAUAUCGAUAGCCGCUUCACAGAGAAUCCUCACCUCCAUUGUCUGGACACAGAAACUUGCAAAGAGCUCGCUCGCUAUUUCGAGAUCAUGGACCCCCUCGGUGGUGGCAACUACCCACUCAACUACCUCAUCGCUAUUGACUCUGACCUGGUUGUCAGAUGCAAGCUUCCCAUCCGCAUCGGCCCAUACUAUGGACCGCACCAAAAAUUUGGCGUUAGUCUACCACAACUUCAAGGCCUCAUUGAUGAGUUCUUGGACUUCUUCAUGGAGCACAAGAUCACCAUCCUUAUGUAA